AUGGGGAUCAAGCGCUCACACCGCGAUUCCUCGUCAUCAGACAGCACACCCUACUCGCGUGAGACAUCGGCCGACGUCAAGAUUGUCCACUUAGAUACCGAAUCUGCCGUCUCUGACGAACCCAUCAUCAUGAAGUGCUCACUGCCUCCGCACGAACCGCUUGCGUUCAAUUCCAUUGAAGACCACGAUGUGCACUAUCAGCAAGUUCACAUGAACCGAUGCAGCGAAUGCCACAAGAACUUUCCGGAUCAGCACUUUCUACAUCUGCAUAUUGCAGAAUAUCACGAUCCUAUCAAUGCUGCCAAGCGAGACCAGGGAGAGAAAACGUAUGCAUGUCUUCUACCUGACUGCGAUCGCAUGUGCAGCACACCCCAGAAGCGCCGCCUCCAUUGCAUUGAUAAGCACCAGUUCCCUCGCGAAUACGACUUCAUCGUUGUGAAAGACGGUAUCGAUCGCCGAAGCAGCAUGCUAAUACCCUCUCACCGACGAAGAAGCUCGACAAUGAGUUCGGCGAAUGGCGCUGCUGGUUCUCCAAGGAGGCGGAGAGGUGAAUCCAGCGCAAGCACUGGUGACACCAUGGAGAUGGAUCACGAAGAAGCUCAGGAAGAAGGAGAAACGCGUCGCUAUCCCACCAGACUUCGCGGGCGUGGUGGGUUCGGAGGUCGCGGACUCGCACGAGAAGACGCAGCAGGUGUCACUGCCCCAAAGACAGCCACUACUGAUCAGCCGACCGAUUCUAUGGACAGUCUGGCUUCUAGCAUGUCUGCACUGAAGUUUGUUCCUCACAGUGUCCGGGUAGCGCGCACAAAGGGUAGAGGAGGAGGUGCCUGA